AUGGAAGCCAUCCUCUCCAACGUCAAGCGUGCCUGCCCCUUCCUGGCUCGCACCCCCGUGAACCAGCUCCGCCAGCUCUCCUCCAUCACCGCUGGUGCUGUCGACUCCGAGGUCGUCCAGAACGCUACCCAACUCUUGGGCUAUGCCAACUCGUGCCCCGUCAUGGCCAACGCCAUUGCCAAGCGAUCGGUCUCGUCCACUGCCAAGUGCCCCUACGCCAGUCAUGCUGCCGGCACCGAAGCUGCUGCUCCUGCCUCCACUGUGAUUCCCCCUAUCCCUACUCCUCAGGGCAUCCCUCACGCUGCCAAGCCUGCUGCUGCCCCUGCCCCCGCUGCUGCCAAGGCCAAGGGCCAGACUUUUGUCCAGGAGGCCAGCAAGCCCUUCGACUACGAGGGCUUCUACGAGCACGAGCUUGAAAAGAAGCACAAGGACAAGAGCUACCGCUACUUCAACAACAUCAACCGCCUCGCUCAGGCCUUCCCCUUGGCCCACACUGUCGACGGCGAACACGUCACUGUCUGGUGCGCUAACGACUACCUCGGCAUGAGCAAGAACCCCGUCGUGAUCGAGUCCAUCAAGACCGCUCUCGAUACCUACGGUGCUGGUGCCGGCGGAACGCGCAACAUUGCCGGCAAUGCCCAGCUCCACCUCAGCCUGGAGCGCGAGCUCGCUGACUUGCACAACAAGCCCGCUGCCUUGGUCUUCUCGUCUUGCUUUGUGGCCAACGAUGCCACUCUGGCCACCCUGGCCGGCAAGAUGCCUGGAUGCGUCAUCUUCUCGGACGCCUCCAACCACGCCUCGAUGAUCCAGGGCAUCCGCCACUCGGGCGCUGCCAAGAAGGUCUUCCGCCACAACGACCUUGCCCACCUCGAAGAGCUCCUGCAGUCGGUCGACAUCAACCUUCCCAAGCUGAUUGCCUUCGAGUCCGUCUACUCCAUGUGCGGCUCGAUCGGCCCCAUCAAGGAGAUUGCGGCCUUGGCUCGCAAGUACAAUGCCAUCACCUUCCUCGACGAGGUCCACGCCGUCGGUCUCUACGGCAAGCGCGGUGGCGGUGUCGCCGAGUACAUCGACGCCAUGGACCAGAUCGACAUCAUCACGGGCACGCUCGGCAAGGCCUACGGCGUUGUUGGCGGCUACAUUGCCGGCUCUGCCCGCCUGGUGGACAUGGUGCGCAGCUACGCCCCUGGCUUCAUCUUCACCACCUCCCUCCCCCCUCCCGUCGUUGCGGGCGCCCUGAGCUCGAUCCGCUACCUCAAGCAGUCCCAGGCCGAGCGCACCGGCCAGCAGGUCCAUACCCGCGAGGUCAAGGCCAAGCUCGGUGCCCUCGGCAUCCCUGUCAUCCCCAACCCCUCGCACAUUGUGCCUGUGCUUGUCGGCGACGCCGAGGUCUGCAAGUCGGUCUCGGACGAGCUCCUGAGCAAGUACAGCAUCUACGUGCAGUCGAUCAACUUCCCCACCGUUGCCCGCGGUGAGGAGCGUCUGCGCAUCACCCCUACCCCUGGCCACACCGAGGAGCACCAGUCCCGUCUCGUCAGCGCCCUUUCCACCAUCUGGAAGGAGCGCGGCCUCAAGUACGAGCAGGACUGGGCCCGCGAAGGCGGCCGCGCCAGCGUCGGCGUUGGCCUGAAGGUCGACCAACUCGUCCGCGACGAGGAUCUCGUUCUCUAG